AUUCUGCUCAUGUCAUGUCUACAUGACGCCCUACGGGUGACAGGAAAAACAGUCAGAGCUGUGGCGUGGUCACCCAGCAGCCUCCUGCAGCAUGGACAGCGAUGAUGACAAUGUAGAAGAGGUUGUGGAAGGUCCGUUGGAUGAAGACGAUCAGCCCCAUGGGUUCUGCACAGUAACUUAUUCAUCCAGUGAUCGUUUUGAAGGACACUUCACCCACGGAGAGAAGAAUGGCAAGGGGAAGUUCUUCUUCUUUGAUGGAAGUACGCUGGAGGGUUUCUAUGUAGAUGAUGCUCUGCAGGGUCAGGGGGUGUACACAUAUGAAGAUGGAGGUGUCCUCCACGGGACGUAUGUGGAUGGCGAGCUCAAUGGGCCUGCUCAGGAGUACGAUGCAGAUGGCCGCCUGGUGUUCAAGGGCCAGUACAAAGACAACAACCGCUGUGGGGAAUGCUGGGUCUACUACCCUGAUGGAGGCUGUGUGUUUGGGGAGGUGAAUGAGGAUGGGGAGAUGACUGGUGAAUCUGUAGGGUACAUCUACCCUGACGGGCGCACGGCUCUCUAUGGAAGCUUUGUGGAUGGAGAGAUAAUCGAGGCUCGCCUUGCCACCCUGAUCUCCAACCAGAGCGGAAGGCCACGCUUCGAAAUCACACCCAGCAGUCCUGUGUACUCGUAUGACAAGUCCACGUCCACCUGUAUCACUGCCAACGCUCUGCUUCCUGACCCCUACGAAAGCCAAAGGGUGUUUGUGGCAGACUCUAUGAUCAAAGGAGCAGGACAGGGCCUGUUUGCCAAAACAGACGCUGAAGCUGACACUGUGAUGGCUUUUUAUAACGGAGUACGCAUCACACACUCUGAGGUGGACAGCAGAGACUGGGCUCUGAACGGGAACACAAUCUCAUUGGAUGAGGAUACGGUGAUUGAUGUCCCUCAGCCGUUUGACCAGACAGAGAGAUACUGUGCUUCUCUGGGUCACAAGGCAAACCACUCCUUCACCCCCAACUGCAAAUAUGACCCGUUUGUCCACCCUCGUUUUGGGCCUAUCAAGUGUGUCCGAACCUUGAGGCCUGUGCAGAAAGAUGAGGAGCUAACGGUCGCUUACGGUUACAAUCACGAGCCAUCAGGGAAUAAUGGCCCCGAGGCACCUGAUUGGUACAUGCAGGAGCUGAAGGAGUUCCAGCAGAGCCAGGCAGCUUCCACUGGCCUCUGAACAUGCAGAUGAAUUCCUCUGGACAAUUAAACACCCCUCUACCACCUUACAAGACUCCGCAGCCUCAUGGCACCAAUAUUCCCUGCAGCUGCACACCACACCGUAGAUAUUUGAGAAGUUACCAUGCUUCAUAUGGUAUUCAAAUGGAAUACUGCUUGAGCAAUUCAGUAUGAAUGGAGGCCUAAGCAACAAAAGAACUAUGCAAGAAACCAAAUGUUAGUCGAGGAGACAUGUCUCUGGCUGGAGGUGCUGUCCUGUCUGAGUUUACCACUGUCCUCUCCAUUACAUGUUACAUGAAAUCAACAUUUACAUGCUCAUAGUUGGUGCUGUUCAAUUUAGGAUAUAAUGAAGAACUAUUACCAUUUUUCUCACUUUUCACUGUCUAUAUCUUCAAUGAACUGUAUGUCAGUUGGUUUACAGUGGCUGCAGUUUACUUAACAGGGCUCCCCUCAAGGUGUUGAGUUUAACAGCACUCUUUUACAGCACAGUAUUUUUCACAUUUGUUUAGCUCACACCUCAUUUUAAGUAAUUCAGCUUGCCCGCUUCGUGCAUUUUAAAAAUGUAACUUUGUAGACCUUUUCUGUUGGCAUACAGUAUCUACAGUCUAUAUAACAGUGACUAAUUUAUUCAGAAUAUCUGACAUUGGUAAAGUACUGUAUUUCCUGAGCAUUGGUGAUUUGUUACUAAAGGACUCUACCACCACAGUAAUGACCUACAGAGAGCUUGUUCCACUUUUCUAACCUAAUUAUCUGUGUUCAUACGCUACUAAAUAAAGCCCAACGUAAAGAAAA